AUGGUUGUCUUCAGCAAAAUCACCGCAGCCCUGGCUGGCCUUGCCUCCGUUGCUUCGGCCGUCCCUACUGGUGGCAAGAAGAGUUUCAGUGUCAACCAAGUUGCUGUCCCUGCUACCAAGACCCAGAACUUUGCCAACAACUACGCUCGUGCUCUCGCCAAGUAUGGCGCCAACGUGCCUACCCACGUGUAUGCUGCAGCUCAGCAGAGCGGCUCUGCUACCACUACUCCCGAGGAUGAUGACGAGGAGUACCUCACUCCCGUCAACGUCGGCGGCACCACCCUGAACUUGGACUUUGACACCGGUUCUGCCGAUCUCUGGGUCUUUUCCUCCGAGCUUCCUGCUUCUGAGCAGGAAGGCCACGCUCUCUACAAGCCGAACAACGGCACCAAGCUGUCUGGCUACACUUGGUCUAUCUCCUACGGUGACGGCAGCUCCGCUAGCGGUGAUGUCUACAGGGAUACCGUCUCCGUCGGUAACGUUAAAGCAUCCGGUCAGGCUGUUGAGGCUGCUGCCACGAUCAGCCAGCAGUUUACUCAGGACCAGAACAACGACGGUUUGCUGGGUCUUGCUUUCAGUUCCAUCAACACCGUCAAGCCCAAGUCGCAGACCACUUUCUUUGACACUGUGAAGUCGACCCUCGCUUCUCCCCUCUUCGCCGUGUCCCUGAAGCAUAACGCCCCCGGCUCCUACGACUUCGGUUUCAUCGACAAGUCCAAAUACACCGGCUCUCUCACUUACACUGAUGUUGACAGCUCCCAGGGCUUCUGGGGCUUCACCGCUGAUAGCUACAAGAUUGGCUCCCAGUCAGGUAGCUCUAUCAAGGGUAUCGCUGACACCGGCACCACCCUGCUGUUGCUCGAUGACGAGGUUGUCUCCGCCUACUACAAGCAGGUUAGCGGUGCAGCCUCAGACUCGUCCGCUGGCGGCUACACUUUCGAUUGCUCCGCUACUCUGCCCGACUUCACUGUUUCCAUCUCUGGGUACGAUGCUGUUGUCUCUGGCAGUUUGAUCAACUAUGCUCCCGUCUCUAGUGGCUCAUCCAAGUGCCUUGGUGGUAUCCAGAGCAACUCUGGUCUGGGCUUUUCUAUCUUCGGUGAUAUCUUCCUGAAGAGCCAAUACGUUGUCUUCGACUCCAACGGUCCUCGCCUUGGUUUUGCUGCUCAGGCCUAA